UUUUUUUUAUCUUUUUCUUCGGCGACAUGUUGAGCUUGGGGGAUUGCAUUGCUUGCCGUCCUGUGUCAUCUAAACUUGACCUUAUUCACCGAGCUACGGCAUAUAUCGUCGCUACUAACAAGGCACAUAUGCUAGGUUCGAAGUGAUGAUGUGAUGUUCCAUACGUACCAUACGUGCCUUGGGGGUGAAAAGCGGUCAGCUACACUGCUUCAUUCGAUGAAGCUUGUCGUGUUCGUGUGUCGUGCUGUCUACAGGCUGCGCAAAGCAAAGCAAAGCAAAGCACCACGUCCAUUAUGUGUAUACAUACGUAUGUACGGACCCAGACUGUCGGGCUCUACACGGCCAAUCAGCCCCUAUCCUCCUACAACCCAUGCGCCAAGGGAGUGAGGGAUGAAAAAUACCAGCGACUGCGUUGUUGGGUAUGCUAUAGCGGUGAGGGAGGAUAAACGAGGGUUUAGAUCCCGUCCCAUCCUGGUUCAUAAAGCAAGUGUUUUUAAUUGCAUUUUCAUCCGAGCGUACAUGGUAUCAGUCUGUUCGUCAAGUGUAUACGUGCCAAGAAGUCAUCAUCAUCACCAUCACACCACC